UAAUAUAGCAUAUAUAAUGUAACUGAAUAGUAACACAGUAUAGUAUUAUCAGUUCGUUCGUAGUGAUGUGUAAUUAUGUCUCGAGUGAUAUUUAAUACAUUAAAUAAUCUACAGAAGUUUCAAUGGAUAUUUCAAAGAGUUUAUUCACAAGAAAAAUUUCCAAAAAUUACAACUCAUUAUACUAUUGUACCAAGAGAAUUAGAUCAAAGAUGGAAAGAUGUAAAUAUGGAAAGAUAUAUAGAUGAAACUGAUAUUUUAAUUGUGGGAAGUGGUCCAGCAGGAUUAUCUGCUGCAAUUCAAACACGUAAAUUAGCAGAAAAAUAUGGAAAAGAUGUAAAAGUUACAGUUGUUGAAAAAGCUCCUACUAUUGGUGGUCAUAUUCUUAGUGGAGCUUGUUUAGAUCCAAUAGCUUUAAAUGAAUUAUUUCCUAAUUGGAAAGAAUUAGGUGCUCCAUUAAAUACUCCUGUCACAGAAGAUAAAUUUGCAUUUCUUACUGAAAAGAAUAGAUUAUCAAUACCUAUUUUAAAAGGAAUGCCAAUGUAUAAUCAUGGGAACUAUAUAGUUAGAUUAGGUCAUAUUGUAACUUGGCUUGGGGAACAAGCUGAAGCUAUGGGUGUAGAAAUAUAUCCUGGAUAUGCUGCAGCAGAAGUACUUUAUCAUGAAGAUGGAUCUGUUAAAGGAAUAGCUACGAAUGAUGUUGGUAUCGCUAAAGAUGGAUCACCAAAAGAUACUUUUGAACGUGGAAUGGAAUUACAUGCAAAAUGUACCAUUUUUGCAGAAGGAUGUCAUGGUCAUCUUACAAAACAAAUUUCAAAGAAAUUGAAUCUCAGAAAAGAUUGUGAACCACAAACUUAUGCUAUAGGAUUAAAAGAAAUGUGGGAAAUUGAUCCAAAAAAACAUAAACCUGGCACUGUUGAACAUACUAUUGGUUGGCCACUUAAAAAAGAUACUUAUGGUGGUUCAUUUUUAUAUUAUCUUAAUGAAGAUACACCUCUUAUUGCUAUUGGUUUUGUUAUUGGUUUGGAUUAUUCUAAUCCUUAUUUACAUCCAUUUAAAGAAUUUCAAAGAUUUAAACAACAUCCAAGUAUUAGGCCAAUACUUGAAGGAGGGAAAAGAAUUGCAUAUGGUGCAAGAGCUUUGGUAGAAGGAGGUUUUCAAUCUCUUCCUAAACUUCAAUUUCCUGGUGGUUGUCUAAUUGGUUGUACAGCAGGAUUUCUCAAUGUACCUAAAAUCAAAGGAAUACAUAAUGCUAUGAAGAGUGGAAUGCUUGCUGCAGAAAGUAUAAUCGAAGCUUUAAUUGAUGCAGAAAAUAAUCCUUCACCAACAAAAGGUUUAGAACCAAAAACUUAUAUUGAAAAAAUACAGAAUAGUUGGAUUUAUAAAGAGUUAAAAGCUGUAAGAAAUAUUAGGCCAAGUUUUCAUACAAAAUUUGGUCUCUAUGGAGGUUUAUUAUAUUCUGGAUUUUCAAUGUUAAUUGGAGGAAGAGAGCCAUGGACUUUAUCACAUGGAGGCCCAGAUUAUACAAAAUUACAAUCAGCAACUGUAUGUACUCCAAUAGAGUAUCCAAAACCGGAUAAUGAAAUAUCUUUUGAUUUAUUAUCAUCUGUAGCACUUACUGGCACGAAUCACGAAGCUGAUCAACCUUCACAUCUUACUUUAGCAGAUGAUACUGUACCUGUAAAAAAAAAUUUAGCUAUAUUUGCUGGACCAGAAGGUCGAUUUUGUCCUGCUGGUGUAUAUGAAUUUGUACCAUUGGAAUCUGGAAAAGGAGAAAGAUUACAAAUUAAUGCUCAGAAUUGUAUUCAUUGCAAAACUUGUGAUAUUAAGGAUCCAAGUCAAAAUAUCAAUUGGGUUGUACCAGAAGGUGGAGGUGGUCCAGCUUAUAACGGAAUGUAAAAAUUAAAUAUUUUAUAAUGAUUUGAUAAAAUUUUUUUUAAAUUUUAAAAAAUAUAUCUAAGAAAUUUUUGUAUAAAUUUAUAUCAUAAUGUAUAUGAUAAAUAUUUUUAUACAGUUUUAUAUUUUUAAACAAUGUUUAUAAUUAUAAAUAUGCAACAAUGAUUUUUUUUCUACAAUAUAAUAUUUUAUUAAAAAUUCA